UACUUACAAUCGCCGUCAAGCGCCCAAUAUUCCGGGGUCGAAGACAAUGGACAAUUAAAAGAAAAGAGAAAAGAAAAAGAUUAGCUACUGUAUAAUUAAGCGUCUGAUAGUGAUUUGAGGGACUGUAUACGAUUGUACCUGCUGUACUUUAGUAACGAGUGGAACUGUCGAAUGCCAAUUAUCACUACUCACACUGAGAUAGCCAGUCAAUGGAGGCAAGCGGGCAUGACGCAAGGACGACAGACGCGAGCUCAGCACUCUUCUUUGGUGUCAGCUACAAUUUCAUCGGCAACUCUUUUGUGCUUUCCAAAUCACGCACUUGGAUGAAAGUCCUCGACCCGGCAUCUCAGAGUUUCAUUACGCGGGUCCCCGAAUCCGCUGCUGCUGAAAUUCAGGAUGCCGUUGCCGCUGCAACUGCUGCCCAACCAUUAUGGGCUUCUACGCCGCUAAGUACUCGAAGAAAGACGCUUCUAACGCUUAUUUCCAUUCUAAGACAAAACGCCUCCAAAAUUAGACACACACUCUGUGUAGAAGUUGGCAAGACACUAGCUGAUGCUGAUGCCGAGUUCGAGCGAGGAAUAGAUGCUCUUGAGACAGCUUGCUCAAUUGCGAACGAGAAUGGUGGUUUUCACUACAUUAACCAGUCUGCUGAGAUCUACAGUAUCACCGAACCGCUUGGGGUCUGCUUGACCAUCUGCCCGUUCAAUUUCCCUUUUCUGAUCCCACUUUGGUCCAUCCCAUACGCUCUUAUCACUGGUAACACCGUGAUUCUGAAGCCGUCUGAACAAACACCAUCUGUCUCACAGAUUCUCGCCGAAUGUAUCCUUCAAGCAGGCUUCCUGCCAGGAAUCUUCAACAUCGUCCACGGUACUGCUGGCGUCACUAGUGGUCUCCUUUCUCAACCAGCUAUCCGAGUAGUAAACUUUGUUGGCUCGCUUGCCGUUGGCGAGCAGGUGUACGAGCACGCCAGAGCCACACGAAAGAGAAUCCAGGUUGAGUGCAACGGCAAAAACCACGGGGUGGUAUUAGAAGAUGCCAACAAGAAGAAGGCUCUAUACGCCAUCGCGGGUAGUGCUUUUGGAGCGGCUGGACAAAGGUGCAUGUCUGUUGCCGUCGCGGUCUUCGUCGGUGCGACAAAAGAGUGGAUUGACGAUUUGGUUGAGAUAGCCAAAAUGCUGGUUGUUGGUUGCGGUCUUGACCCCCUGGUCGAAGUCGGACCCGUGAUCACAAUAGCGUCUAAGAAUAGGAUCGAGGAAAUUAUAAACGCGGCAGAGAGCGAGGGCGCAAAUGUGCUUUUGGAUGGACGCAACUACAAGGUUGCCGAAUACCCUGAUGGGAAUUUCAUCGGCCCAACGAUUUUGACAAAUGUUCAUCCUCAUAUGACAUGCUACCAGGAAGAGAUUUUUGGACCAGUCCUGUGCUGUAUAGAGACAGCAAAUUUGGACGAUGCCAUCACUCUGGUCAAUAAUAACAGAUACGGGAAUGGCUGCACGCUUUUCACAAGUAAUCCCAUGAAUGCUCGAAUAUUCCAACAUUCGGUAAAUGUCGGGCAGAUUGGCAUCAAUGUACCUAUCAUGGCGCCGUCGGGACCCGUAUUAAGAACUACGAAUAAAGAUUCCUUUUUGGGAGACCUCAACAUGCCAGGAAAGACAGCUACACAAUUUUAUACAUUGACAAAAACCGUUACCACCAUGUGGUCUUGAUUAAGGAUGAGCUGAUAAAUGAAGGAUCCAUGACCCAAUACUAGAAACAGAGGAUAAGCAGAAAUAGCCACAAAGAAUUAACUAGA